AUGGCAAAGUCAGAAGCUGACAAGAAGGUCAGCAAUGACCGGAUUGUCGUCGACAACUCGAAUCUCUCCGAGCUCAAAGCCACCUGCGACGAAGCUGUCGAGCGCAUCUUGUCGCGCCGCACCGAAGCAGACGCAUCAAAGACCAAGUCACAAGCUUUUGUCCCGUUCAAGGUCAGCCAUCUUCAUACCGACUUGCGGCUCAUACUCGGCUUCACUGCUUCUGCUAUCAUGAUCGGCACCUCCCUCUGGGCAUACUUUGUUGAAAAGGAAUGGAAGCGCAAUAAGCAGGCGUGUGGCAUCGCUGUGGUGGUCUACAUCAUCCUGUCCGGCAUCCAGUUGGCCGACUCCUACCUGCAAGGUAACAACAUCUUCAUCGGCACUCGUAAAACAGUUUCGAAUCGAAUCGAAUCCGAGCACCUCACCAUCGCAUCGCCUUCUCUCCCAAAAGCCGUCAAGAAGGGCUCCAAGACCUCGGACGGCAAACCGAUCCUCACACCUCCAGCCUACACGCUCAAGUUCGACUACACGCGCAAGAGCAACAAGGGAAAGUCUCUUCUGGCCCGCAAGAGUGGGUCGUUACCGCUGGGGCAUUUAGGCGAAUGGUUCACCGAAGAAGGAGAGUUUGUCGAGCAUGUUUUUGAGCAAAGGCUCAUCUCGGGCCUCGAGAAGGCAUUCGGUCAAUAA